GACGACGCCAAAUGUGUUGGUUGAGCUAAACGGCGUGUUGCCAACAGGUGUAACAAAACGGGAAAGUUCAAAAUGCCAACAACAAUGUUGGAGGAAGACAGCGCAUCCCUGAAGAAAGCCUCAAUCACUGCUAUUGCGUCCACUUCCCUCUUCGAGAAAUCCACAAAAUGUCAACCAGAUAAUGACAUCAAUGUGGAUUGUGACUCAUAUGGUUCAAUGGAGACUCUCUCCGAUACGGUGUCCAUAACAAUCGAUGGCGAGAAACAUUGGGUAUCCGGUGUAGAUUCGUCUACAACCUGUGCGGAUCUCAUCUGUGCCCUACUUCACUAUCAGAAUCUCGAGGAGAAGCGUUGCGGCGUGGAGAAUGGAAUUGCUAGUGCGAAAUCCAUUGACAAAUCUAACCAAAUUACCAUCCAAACCAAAGAAGAAGAUGAGCAAGUACCGACCUAUAGCAAGAGUCUUAAGAACUCACACGAAUAUGUGAUUGUCAAGCAAUUGCGAAACUGCCAUUUUGAGGAAUAUUUGGAUGGUAGCACCCGUCUUCUGGACGUUAUACCACUGCGGGAUAAUUUCGGCAAGAAACUGUGUGAGCUUCAGUUGAGGAAUCUAGCGAGAACAACACCUGCUCUGACAUCAUCGAGAGUCAAUAACCAGAACCAUAACCAGCUGUUCUCCAUGUUGUCCAUGUCGACCGAUAAGGACAGCGGCAUGGGAAGUCCCGUGGGCAGUUCCCGAAGCGAACGAUUUCGCAGGCGGCGGGGCAAGCAAAGAGGCGGAGCUGCAACUGCCGCAACAACGGUGGCAACUACAAUGCAACUACAACAACAACAACCAAAGCGUAACAAGCCACAACAGCAACCGGAACAACAGCAACAACAGCAAGAGGAGAAAGAACAUUGCAAUGCGAAUCCAAAUGAACGUCUGAUGAAUAUUAUAUUGGCCCAAGAUGAAACAAUCAACAGGCAAAUGUAUUUGUUAAAUGCAAAAGAGCAAGAAAUACUACAGAUUGAGGAUGAAAAACAUCGUGUGAGAGAACGAGAAUUGGGCAAGAAUUAUUUAUUAGAUGCCUACUUAAAGACAAUCGACAAACCAGUCGAAUUGGGAGAAGAACAAAGGCAGAGAAGAACACAAUUUCCCACAGUCGAGUCGAAUCUUCCAGAUGAGAUGCAAAUCUAUUGGCUGGAAAAGGUUUAUACGCUAAACAAGCAACUGCAACGGGAAGAGGAACAAUUGCUGCGUCUCCAUGCGAAAGUGAGGAAGCAACAGGUGCGAUAUGCUUACCACACGAAGGGGGAAGUGUUGCAACAAAUCGAUCGACUCGACACGGAGUUGUCUGUGCAGGUGGCUGAUAUCUACAGGGUAGAGCGUCAGCUAUUGAUGGCCAAUGAGCAGUUAAAGGCCAAAUUGGGCGUCUUGGAAUGUCUGGGACGUGAGUUUGAAGUGUUGCCGCCCGAGAGUCAAGACAUUGCCGCAAGAAGUUGCACAAACAGAGACAUGCAACAGAUACGAGAUACAAUUCGAAAACAAGAUCAACAGCAGUCCAUCGAUAAGAAUUGCAAUGUGCGGCAACUAACUGCUGAUAAAAUGCUACAGAAACAAUUAUUCAAUGCAGCUGACAACCCUGAAAGGCUAUAUACAACCGAUCUGGAUAUAGAACAUCUGGGCACACUCGUUUAACUGCAAUUUUGUAGUUAUAAAUGCAUCUUGUUUACCUGUUUUAAGCUUAAGUUCAAUUUUGUAUAUAAACAUGUAUUCAUUAUUCAUAUUCUCAUAUUCACAUUCACAAGUUGAAGAGAUUCUCAAUAAUUUUACCAAAAUGUUACAAACUAACCAAAUGCUUAUCAUGUAUGUCAAACAUAUAAAUCUUGAGAUUAAAAA